AUACUAUUGGUUGAUUCUUAUGAUUCUUUCACUUUUAACAUCAAAAGUCUCAUUGAACAAUCAACUAACACAAAAGUCUUCACUAUUCAUAAUGACUCAAUAUCUUUCGAAAAAUUUCUUCAAUUAAACUUAAUUCAAUAUUUUGAAUCAAUAAUUAUUGGUCCUGGCCCAGGAAACCCCAUGAAUCCAAAUGACGUUGGCAUAAUUCCCUAUUUAUUUGAUUUGAAUAUCCCGAUCUUUGGAAUUUGCUUAGGUUUUCAAUCAUUAUCUUUAUUUUAUGAUUGCAAAAUUCAAAAUCUCGAUUUAAUUAAACAUGGUCAGAUUUAUUCAAUUUAUUUAAAUGAACUUGUAAAAAAUGAUGAUUUAUUUCAUGGGUUUAAUCAAAAUAAACAUUUUUCAAGUGUCAGAUAUCAUUCUCUACACAUAAUAAUUCCUAAAGAUAAUAACCAAAUUAUUCCUUUAGCUUAUACUUUUGAAAAUAAUAAUAUUUCUGACAAUAAAAUCUUAAUGGCUGGAAAACAUAUUUCAAAACCAUUUUACGGUGUUCAAUACCAUCCAGAAUCAAUUUGUUCACAAAACGGCUCACUAUUAAUUCAAAACUUUUAUAAUAUAUCAAAAAAAUUUAAUAUAGAAAAUGGUAAAGCUUAUUUUUAUGAAAACAACCCUGAUCAAAAUAAUUUCUUAUCCUCAAAAAUUAAUAAUUUACUAAAUGAUUAUCUAGUUCAACCAACUUUAUUAAACGCAAGUUUUUUUUCAAAUAAUUCGAAUUAUAAUAUAAAUUUUUCAAAUUUAACUAUUAAUAUAUGUGAUUUUUUGAAAUCUCAUAAACCAUUCGGUAUUAAUCAUUUUUUUUGUUUAAAUUCAUCCUCUAUACCAGGUGAAUAUUCAAUAAUUGCAAUACCGCUGCCUGAAAGUAUAGUUAUUUCAAAUUAUAUACUAAAAAAUAAUGGAAACAAAUUAGUAAUUGAAUCAUUUAACAACAAUAAUAAAGAAAAAAAUAAUACAUAUAAUCAUAAGCUAGAUGAUACUAAUGUUUGGGACUAUAUAUCUAAGUUCAUGCUAAAUGCUUAUAAACAAUUUGAUUUUAAUGAGAAUGAUUACAAAUUAUUAAAUAGCCUACCGUUUAUUGGAGGAUUAGUUGGUUUUUUUUCAUAUGAACAAUCUCAGUUUUCAAAUAAUAGUGAUAUUGAUGGAGUAAAUUGUAAUAAUUUUGAUUCACCAGACAGUAAAUUGAUAUAUAUUGAAAGAAGUUUAUUGAUUGAUCACAAAAAACAAAAACUUUAUAUUAUAUCAUUAAGGGAUAAUGACUCAGAAUGGAUAGAUAAAUUUACUAAAUUAUUAGAAGAACAUUCAAGUAAUAACAAGAAUAAUAAUAACAAUAAUAAUAAUAAUAGUAAUAAUAAUAAUAAUAGUAUUUUAAAAAUUAUAAAACCCGAUAAAAAUAAGUAUUUUGAACAAUUUGAUAAAUGUCAAGAAUAUUUAAAGAACGGAGAUUCAUACGAAUUAUGUCUAACCAAUCAGAUUAAAAUUGAGAUUAUGAAUGAAUCAAAGUAUAAAUCUUCAGUUGAUAGCUGGGAAAUAUUUAAAAAAUUAACAAUCAAAAAUCCCAGUCCAUAUUCGGUUUAUUUUGAUUUUGGUAAAAAUUCCACAUUGAUAUCAUCUUCACCUGAAAGAUUUUUAAAAUGGGAUAAUUUCGAUAGAAUUAAUAAAAAAUGUGAGUUGAGACCUAUAAAGGGAACACUAAGAAAGAAUGGAAAGUUUAGUAAGAAAGAAAUCUUUGAGAUUUUAAAUUCUCCAAAGGAAAAGGGAGAAAAUUUGAUGAUUGUUGAUUUAAUUAGACAUGAUUUAUAUUCAAUGCUAAAAAAAAUCAAUGUGUCAAAGUUGAUGAACAUCGAAGAAUAUAAGACGGUGUAUCAGCUAGUGUCUGUCAUUGAGGGAGAUUUAGCUACGGGAUACAGUGCCAAAGACGACAAAGAUGUGGAGAUCGAUGGGCUUGAGGUGUUGGCCAACAGUUUACCCCCUGGAUCGAUGACAGGAGCACCAAAGAAGCGAUCAGUAGAAUUGUUGGAGAAAAUCGAGGAACAUCAGAAACGAGGAAUCUACUCUGGGGUUUGUGGUUACUGGUCUGUGCACAAAAAAGCUGAUUGGAGCGUAGUGAUUCGGUCGUUGUUUUCGUACAAAGAGGACUGCCAUGCCGACAAAACUGUAUGGCGUGCUGGUGCUGGAGGUGCCAUUACGGUGUUGAGCGAACCGGAGGCUGAGUGGGACGAAAUGGGCACGAAGUUCGACUCUGUGUUGCAGAUAUUC